AUGGCAUACGGCCCCAUGUGCUCCUUGCAAUUACUCAUUAUGGCAGCUGGUUCUCCCUACACAUCCACCGCCUGCCGCUUCUACGCAUACACUGGUGCAUACGGCUCUGCCUGCUCCUUUCAAUUACUAAUCCUGGCAGCCCACCACUUCUACGCAUCCACCGGUGCAUAUGGCCCUGCCCGCUCCAUGCAGUUACUCAUUAUGGCAGCCCACUGCUUCUAUGCAUCCACCGGUGUGUACGGCUCUGCCUGCUCCAUGCAAUUAUUCAUUAUGGCAGCUGGUUCUCCCUACGCAUCCACCGGUGCAUACGACCACACCAGCUCCCUGUAA